CACAAACCUAAAGCAAACAGAGUUUGGUGAUAGUGUUUACCUCAAACGUGUGAGCGUGUUCCGUUUAGUAGAAAAAAACUCGGUUUAAUCAGCCAAAGCGACUUGCAGUAUUUGCAUUAUCUAACAUACAAAUAAACAAUGUAAACUGGAUGUUAUGUUGCUUACCGAUAAGAUGAAUACGAGGCGAGGCGAAGCAGAUGGUCGGUAGACUGGGAGUCUGCAGCGUUUUCAAGAGAAGCCGGGUAUGUCUGGCCCCAACUGGCUUCCUCCAAGAACCCUCGGUAGCCCAGAUAGAGCCACAAGACCAAUGUCACACUCUGGCCCCGCUCUCUACAGACCUCCCAAGAAAGGUCUGCCCGAUCAGAGGCCCAAAUAUAACAUGUAUGACCAGAAUGGUGGAACGGGAGGAAAUGUUAAGCCUAUAAGAUAUAUGGCUACUGGACCUUCAGGUGGAAACAUGCAACACCAGCAUCAGGAUGAUCGCUCAGGGUCUACUUCCUACAACCCCUUGACUUCCCAGUUAAGAGAGCGAUACUAUGCUCCAGGCCAGGGGCCUAAAGAGGACCACCACACCUGGAACCCACACAUGGCCAGCCAUGAACUUCACAAUCGGGGAUCAGAGAAGCACAUGUCUACUAUUGAUGCAGAGAUAGACUCUCUUACAUGCAUGCUGGCUGAUCUGGACAGUCACACUCAGAGCACAAGCACACAGUUAUAUGACAAUGUGCCUUACAGCAAGCACCUCCCUAUCGACCACUAUAACCCUCCCAACCAGAUGGGGGCUCCACCAUCAAACAGGCCAUCAAUGGGCUAUCAGCCUCCAAUCCAAAACCAGUACCACCCCGCCCCACCUUACACCUCUACACCUCAGCCAGAUUAUGUGUACUCUUCUGCUGCCUCUUCCGUCCACAAACCUUACCCCCAACCAGUGCCUGCCUCCUACACCACCGCCUCCACCCCAACCGGCCCACGCUUCUCCGUACAGGUGAAGACAGCUCAGCCCGUCACCUAUUCUCAGAGCGGACGGCAGGCAGAGCAAGCUUACACCCCUCCACCGCCCCGCCAGCAUGCCUCUCGCCCUCCUCAGCAAGAACGAGCACAUUAUGAGCCACAGGGACAGGGCUGGUACCCACCACCACCACCUCCUCCUGUACAAGAACCUCAUGGAGAUCCUGCUGCUUAUCAGGGGGGAUCAGGUAAUAUGUCAGGAGGGAGAGCCGGCCAGGGACCACCGGUGAAGAAGAGUCAAGACCAAGUGUCAGCAUAUCAGUCUAACAAGCAGGGGGCAGCACCACAUCCAGAAGAAGAGUUGGAUCGGCUCACCAAGAAGUUGGUGUAUGAUAUGAAUCAUCCCCCUACUGAGGAAUAUUUUGGUCGAUGUGCUCGGUGUGGGGAUAAUGUUCUGGGAGACGGCAGUGGCUGUAUUGCCAUGGAGCAUGUGUUUCAUGUGGAGUGUUUCACCUGUAUCACCUGUCAUGCGCGUCUGAAAGGCCAGCCCUUCUAUGCACUAGACAGAAAGAGCUACUGCGAGAGCUGCUACAUAAGCACACUUGAGCGCUGUUCGAAAUGCUCUGAGCCCAUCCUAGACCGGAUCCUGAGGGCGAUGGGUAAGGCUUACCACCCUCGCUGUUUCACAUGUGUGGUUUGUGGCUGUUGCCUGGAUGGAGUGCCUUUUACUGUGAACGCCACAUCUCAGAUCCACUGUAUUGAGGACUUUCACAGGAAGUUUGCCCCCCGCUGCUCAGUAUGUGGCCAGGCAAUAAUGCCAGAGCCUGGGCAGGAAGAGACGGUGAGGAUCGUUGCCCUGGAUCGCAGUUUCCAUGUUAACUGCUACGUCUGUGAGGAUUGUGGUCUUCUCCUCUCUUCAGAGGGCGAGGGAAGAGGCUGCUAUCCCCUGGACGGACACAUUCUCUGCAAGAGCUGCAGCGCCCGUCGCAUCCAAGAUCUUUCUGCCAAAAUCUCCACUGACUGCUAAUGCCCUCAUCCCAUCACUCUGUGUCCCUUCUCUUCUUCAUAGUUAUUCUUCAGAAUUUACCACUAUCUAAACACCCACCUCCUGUCAUUUCUUCCAUCCUUGACUUUACAUGUUGAUCGCACAAAUAAUAUGAAGACAUCCCUCUCAGGGUAGCAUAGAGCUGAGGAGAAGCUAAUAGCUCUUGUGCUUAGAGUAGCUUCACUGGAAAGCUGUUUCCUAAAAAAUAUAGUAAAACAGAUGAUGAAUCAAAUAUGAUGUGUUUAUGUAUAAUCCUCCGCGUAUGCGUGUUCAUGCAAAAUGUGAGUCUCAUGAACAGGGUGCAUUUCUACCUUGAAGCAGUCACUUUAACAACACUAAAAUAAUAACCUUUAAUGGAAAUAUAGGAACAUGUCACAGUUUCCUCAAAUAAUGCCCCAAUUCUGCUGCCAGUUGGGGUCAUUUCAUAUUGUCCCCAUUCAGAUCAUCUCUUUUUUUUUAUUCUCUCAAAAACAAAAACCUGAUGUCAGCGGAUAUCCAGUGCUCAUUAUUUUAAUACUUGAAAUCAUGAUUGUUGAAGGAUAUGAUUACUGUAUUUCAUUUACUGACUUGAUAUUAGUUUAUUAUCAUUAUUCAUCAUGACACUAAUGAUAAUUCUGGUAAAACGGUUGGAAAAGUUGAACACAGGCAGCUGUUUUGCUCUGUCUUCCGUGCAGUCUCUAGCUCUAGGUUUACACUGAUUUCAGAAACGUUGUUGUCAGAUAGGAUUAAAGGGUCAGUUUAUUUAAUGACCGCUUCAUUGAAGGAAAUCUUUUGACAGGUGUGUGUGGGAUCAAAGUGGUUCAUUUAAUUUUAAAGCGGAGUAGCUGCAGUUUUUUUUUUUUGGUUUUGGCAGUAGAGUGGAUUUUUUUUCAAGGAGUUUGAAUAGUGAAAUAAAUGGAGAGAAGUUAAGGAACGGAUUUUUGAUUUUUGUAACUAAAUAUACAUUGUUUAAUGACUAACAGACAGUAAAUAGUCAAGUAUGAAGGUUACAAGGAGGUAAAGUACGUACUAGAGAAAUGACUUUCAGAUUGUUACACAUCUGACUCAUGUGCAGAGAUUGUAAGUGGUUGGCUUUAUUUUUUUACAUCUCAUUUUCUGUAUUUGCUUUAUGUCAAAAUGCAUUUGAUUGCCUGUUAUUUGAAUGAUGUGUAGCAGCAAGCAUCCAUUGCUUAAUGCCAUUAUAUAAAAAAGUUUCAAAUAAGGUGUUGAUUGCAGCAAAGUAAGUGCUAGUGUUUGCACUGACAAAUUGUUACAAUUAUCUAGAAACUAAAAGCAUAAAGUGGUUCAGAUGGUUGCAUGCUUUAUUUAUUGAUUUGUCUGGAAUAUUUUGUAAGAUUAUUCCAGCAUAGUGUCCAUCUGGUCAAUUUGCUGCCAAAAAACUUUCAUUGCAGAUAAUUGAUAAAGUGCCCUGGUACUGCAGUAUGUUUCAAUGGCUGAUUUACCUUUUAAGCUGCCAGUUUAUUUCAGGGCACGUUUGGAUGAGUUUGCUUCUGUUUUUUUUUUUUUCCUGAUGUUGAUUUUAGGGAGAGCAAAAGAUCAGCUU